AUUUAACUUGUGAUUAUGCCCCUCCAGGUUGUUGGAAGUUGUUCUACUGUGUGGAUUGUGGCUGACAUUAAUCGAGCAGCAGCAGAGAAAGAACCCUGGGAGAUCCUGGAAAGUACCAGUAGCCUCAUGGGAAAUGGUGGCGAGUGUCAGCAGAUUCACUUUAUCUGCACCAAGUCUGAUUAUAUUGCAGAUUCGGCUUUUCAUUCAGCAGCUGGUGUUCGUGCUCUCAUAUUUAAAAGAAACAUGCAAGCCAAGGAAGCAGUGAGCAAAGAAUACAGGAAACUUAACAAAGUUAAGAAACAUUUCAGUGAUGACUGCUUCAAAGUGUUCACAGUGAGCUCCGAAGAGUUCCUACAGACAGAACGUCUAAACCCAGAUGAAACUGAAAUACCCAAACUUCAGGGGUUUCUGCAAAAUCUCAAUGACUGUCACUCAGAGACAUUAAACUAUGUGUCUGGAGCUUAUGGGAUUCUCUCUCUGAUUCAAGGGGCCAGCUGUAGAGAAGUGGCUGACCAAAAAACAGAUGUGUGCACUGAACUUGAAGAAAAGAUGAGGCAUGAACUUGAUAAAGUCAGAAAACCCAUGGAAGAGGCUCAUGAGGCUUUUGAAAAAUGCCUUAACGAGGGGGUUGAAAAAUCUAAAAGUUCAUGUGAACGAGUCUUGAAGUCCGUCUUACAUCCUACAUGGGUAAAAGGGGGCGGUUUUCACAAGAUAUUGAAGUGUAUCGUUGCGAACAAUGGCACCUACAAACCAAAAAGACGGAAACAAAUAAACCUCAAUGUGAAGUUAGCUUCAUGCCUGACUGACAGCAUUGAUGAGGAAUUCAAGAAGACCUUCCCAAAUGAAGGAAAAUGUGGACCAUUCAACGGGGUCAUCAACACGUUUUCACUUGACACAACAAGGCUGAUUCAGAAGUACAAAGAUGUCGAACUGCAGCUGAUAUUUCUCAAGACAGAGGUAAAAAAAAUGAAGACAAAACUCAACAAAAUCAUCCGGGAGCGUAAGAAAACAAUCUACAGCAGUCUGACAACAACAAUCCGGGAAACCAUGCAAGAUUGCUAUAAAAAAGCAGCAGAAAUUAGAGGACAGGACUCGCUGAAAAAUAUGAGGGACACUAUUGAAAAGCAUGUACAUGAUUCAAAGAACACCAUGUUUGAGCAGGCUAAAGAUGUUAUGUUGAACCAGCUGAGAUGCUUGAAGGAGGACAUCCUGAAGACACUGGAGGAAACAAUGCAGGAAUCAAUCGAACUGUCACUCAAGACAGAUGGUGACUCAAUCCCAGAUGUUACAGGGGAGCUUGUGAUGGUAAAGCAACAUUACAAUGAACUGAGAGGAAGCGCAGAUGAGGAAACACUAAUUUGCGCUGAUCCACCCGGCCCAGUAGCUGCACCGUGACGUGUGCAGGUUUGCUGGGUGGAGAGAAACAGCAGAGGCCUGAUUACCCACUGAAGGUCCCUGCGGCCACACUGAUUAGAGACGUGAGGCCUCUGGAUUUGGUCUCAACCAUUUUUAUCAAGUUGUUAUCCCUGUUCUCUUUGAGUGUUGUUUUGAUUUAUACUUUGAGUUUGCUUCUUGUGAAUUACAUGCAGAGAGAUUUUAGCUGUUUUUGGGGGGGGUAUUUUUGCCUUUAAUUAAUUGUAGAUCAGAGGCAGACAGAAACUGUGGGGGGGUGAUGAGCAGCAAAGGUCCACAGUUGGAUUCAAACCAGGGACGUUGUGGUUUUACUUUUAGUUUUUAAUGAUAUUACAGUGUUUUUCUUGUUCUUGGGUAUAUUUUCAUGUUUUUGUUGAUUGGGAUGGGCGUGCUCAAAUUCCAGUGAUUUUAUGGGUGUCUACAUUAAACCUUGAACCUCGAUUACAGUACAUACUCUAGGAUGGAUUUGACAUAAACUUUAGGCUUUUCAACGAAUGAUCUUAAUCUUUUUUCUUUCAUGUUCAAGGACAAAACUGUUGCUUGCUUAAAACAUCAUCUAGUUCUACCAAUAGAACUAGAUGAGAACUAGAGAACUAGAUUUACACUUUGCAUGCUCCCUGUCAGAUUUGAUUAGCCUUGUUGGACUCAUUUCUUGGUUUCAACCACUGCCAGCCAGUAACCAGUUCCUGGUCGUCUGCAUUUGGGUCCACAUACUGCACCCCAUAUGACAAUAGCACGCAAAAUAAUUAAAACAGCUACAAGGAA